UGGCCUUGUUAAUUUAUGAGGCCCAAAAUGUAAAAUAAAGAAAUUUGACACUUUUCUCAGAUGCCAAACACUCGCUGUUGGUUCCUGCAACCAAAAUGCUGAGAAGAAAACCGUCCAAAAUCGAAGUCAGAAUCGAAGAUAAAGAAGAACUCGAAGAAUCUCGCAGGCGCUCCACUGCAAUUUCCUCCACCUCAGCCACAACCGCUUCCACUUCCUCCACCGCUCUCCUCCACCUCCUCGAGCGCAAACAAACCAACCCCAACUCCAAAUCUCAGCGAAUCGGCCUUUCUCCUUGAAAAAUACAAAAACCAAUUAUGGAAGUGGAAGUGAAGUUGCGUUUACCUGAUGAAACCAAUUUUAACCGCCUCAAAUCCCUACUUUCACCAUUUCACCUCAAAACCCUAAACCAGCAAAACCUGUUCUUUGACUCUGACGCCGCCACUCUUUCCUCUCAACGUGCAGUACUACGAAUUCGUUUCUUCGAUAAAGAUUCUAGCUGCGUUAUCUCGCUAAAGGCCAGGCCUUUACUAAUCAAUGGUAUAAGUCGCGUUGAGGAAGAUGAAGAGGAAAUUGAUCCGUUAAUUGGUCGUGAAUGCCUGGCCGAUCCAUUAAAGUUAAGUUCGAUCGAAUCGAGGGUUUUGAGGAGGUGUAGAGAUGAGUUUGGAGUUUUGGGUGAAAUGAGUUUUGUGUGUUUGGGUGGAUUUGAGAAUGUUAGAGAAGUUUAUGAAUGGAGAGGAUUGAAACUAGAGGUGGAUGAGACUAAGUAUAGCUUUGGGGUUUGUUAUGAGGUGGAGUGUGAGACUGCUGAUCCUGAAGAGGCUAAGAGAGAGCUGGAAGGGUUUUUAAAGGAGAAUGGGAUUGAUUAUAAGUAUUCAGAGAUGUCAAAGUUUGCAGUUUUUCGAUCAGGGAAGCUGCCUUUGUUCUCCUGAAAUAUGGCAACUGUGGAGGGUCCUGUAAUGGAAGUGAGAGAGCAGAAAAAUUGGCUUCUUGGUGGGCAUUCAGUUGACAUUUGACAAUAAAUUAUGACUGUUCAUGUAUUAUUAUUGUCUUGUAAACUCCAACAGGAAACUAUUUUUCUUGCUAGCUAAUAAUACCAUAAUAUUCUGAUUUUUUAUUAUUA